UUUUUUUUUUUUUGUCACGGAUAAAACUUCUUUAAACUAAAAAGCAAAAGAUUAGGCCAUAAAACUCCUUCUCUCUGUUUGUGUUUAAAUAAUGAUUUUGAGUUGUCUUUUUUUUUUGGGAAUUUGCAUCCUAUAUAACCAUAAGAAAAACAUAAAUCCACUAUCUAACCAAAAAUACAUUCUUUCUCCUUAUUUCUCUUCCUAUCUCUCUCUUAAAAUCUAAAUUUUCUUAUAUUCAAAUAUAUGAUUAAUGAUUCCUAGUUGCCAAGUGUUCAAAAAAAAAAAAAUUCCUAGCUGUCUUUCUCUUAUUUAAACUUAUCUUUCUUGCUUACUUUGAUCUCACACAAAAUUUAUAUUAGUAUAUACUUUUACGGAAAUUAUUUGUUUCACAAAGGUUUGCCAUUUUAGUCUCCAAUCUCAUGAAAAUCCAGAUCAGAGCCUUGUAGUCUAUGUUACUUGAAACCUCAAACUAUCUCAAAAGUCAACUAUCUGUGCUGUUCAUUUGAUGAGACCAUGUCUUUGGGGGUAGUGAAGCCGUAAACGUUUGUGCAUAUCCCAUUCUGUUAUAUAUACAUAUGUCUCUUCAGAUCAUUUAAGAACAACAAAAGAGAAAGAAAAGAAAGCUAUAGAGACAAGGACCUCGCGGUACGGUGAAAAAUGAAGUUGUUUGAUGCUCACUGUCACCUUCAAGACAAGAGAGUCAUAGACAAAGCUCCUGAACUUAUAGCUGCUGCUUUAGCUGUAGGUGUUACCAAUUUCGCAGUCAAUGGAACCUCUGAGAAAGAUUGGGACUUGGUAAAAGAGAUGGGAGAGAUGUAUCCUUCUGUGAUUCCUUGCUUUGGACUUCAUCCUUGGUUUAUUGCAGAUAGGAGUCCUCAUUGGCUUAACACAUUGAGGAAGUUCUUUGAGACAACUCCUACGGCUGCUGUUGGAGAGAUUGGUUUGGACAAAAGUCCCUUAGCAGCAGGCAUUGAUUACUCAGACCAGCUUGUCGUGUUUCGGCCUCAGCUUGAACUUGCCAAAGAACUUAACAAACCUGUAGCCGUUCAUUGCAUCGAUGCAUUCGAUGAUCUGCUCGAGAUAAUGAGAUCCGUAGGGCCUUUUCCAGCUGGUGUGAUUCUUCAUUCAUUCAAUGGUACAGCCGAAGUUGUUCCUGAACUUGCUGAGCUUGGUGCAUACUUCUCCUUAUCUGGCUGGUUCACUUACAUUGAUGAGAAAAUCGCAAAGAACACUUUGAAAUCGAUUCCUUGCGAUAGGCUCUUGUUAGAGACAGAUUCACCUGAUGCGCUACCAAAAUCUGAUGAGAGCUCUUCGGAUCCAGAACCAACUCUUAAUGACCCUGCAAACAUUGUUGCUGUACUAGAAUAUGUUGCGAACAUGUCUAGCAUGAAGAAAGAAGACCUCGCUGAGUUAACUUAUGGAAACACUGUAAGGUUGUUCUCUUAUCCAGGUUCUAAAUUGCUUGAAGCCCAAUAAAUUGUGUGUCUCUACAACAUCAUCUCUUGUCUAAGAGACAAAGAACACUCAUCAUCUUCUGCUUCUGCUUCUGCUGUUAUUUAUUUGUUUGUUGCUAAUAAAACUUAUCCCUCUGCCAAAAUUGUUGCUUCUGUAACAUGGUGGAUGUUGCAACCAUUUCUUCUACUAAUUAAUAUGUAUUUUUAUUUUCUAUUCUUGUGUAAACCAGUUAUGUUGUUACUACUAUCAUAAUAAUAAAAGUGAUUAUGCGAUUUA